AUGGAAAGCACCGGCUUCAACGAUGGCCAACUCGCAUCGUCGUCGUCUGCUUCCUCCAGCGUUACGGUGCUGCAGUAUUUGCUGCAAACCUCAGCGGACGGUACUCCGGCUGGGCGAGCGGUUCAAAUUUAUGCUUGUUCACAACCUGGGUGUAAAAAGCAGUACCUGAACGAGGGGCACCUAAAGGCGCACGAAAAGUUCCACUCAAAUCCACCGCUGCCGUUAUGCGACUCUCCGCCGGUGGACAACCUACCAAGCGAGCGCAGCGGACUACAAUUUCUGCUGGAAAAUGAGCACAUGGAGUUGGUAUACGAAACAAACGACGACGAUGAGGCCGAAUGCUGCUAUGAAGAAAUUCUAGAGGAACAGGUGGUAGCCGAAGAGACUGAGGAAGAAUUCGUUGACGUGAAUGAUCUUUCGUGCGAUUCCGAGGAACAGGCCGUUGAGGAUGAUUGGGAUGUUCACCCGUUGUUAGAUAACGAAGACGUGCUCGGAGUCGAACAGCUAGACAUUUCAGGCACACCGAAGGAACAGAAAGUAUCCUCUUUACGGACACGGAACUUUCCCUGCCAGUGGCCCGGAUGCCAGCACACUUACAUAAAGUCUUCCCACCUGAAGGUGCACCUGCGGAAACACACCGGAGAGUUGCUCUUCGCAUGCCACUGGCCCUCGUGCGACAAGCGAUUCGCGCGUGCAGAAGUGUUGAAUCGCCACCUUCUGUCGCACACCUGCAAGCGAAACUUCGGCUGCCGGUGGUGCAGUUUAACGUUUUACCGGCGCGAUCACCUUCAGCAGCACCUGCGCCGGCACAACAUGCCGCGCGAAGAGUGCCGACAGUUUAUGUCGGAGAUAAAGCGAACCCCAUCGAAACCGCAAUCACGUUUGCGAUGCAUAAACAAGGAAUCGAGCCGUGCGGGACAUGGCGCUGGGGAUCCUUCGAAUCGACCGCGCAACUUUCACUGUUCAUACGAGGGCUGCGAAAAGACGUACUUCCGCCAGAGUCAUCUGAAGGCGCACGAACUGCUGCACGAGGGAGCGCUACCGUUCCGCUGCCCGUGGGAAAACUGCGAACAGGCUUUCGCGCGAUCGUUCGAGCUGUCCCGGCACCGUCGGAAGCAUACCGGCGAGCGCAAGUUUGUGUGCCAUAUCUGUCAGCAAGCGUUUAUGCGUUCGGACCAUCUUUCGUGCCACGUGAAAAGGCACACCCCCGGAGCGCCUGCUGGCCAGUGACGCGACGAAAGGACGAUUCGUAGAGCUCCCCCCAAGGUUCCUUCCACAUUAUUUAACUAAGUCAGGUUGAAAGCAAAUAAUCAAACCCC